AUUAUGCGUUAUGUAGAAGUUUGUGCUCUAGCCCUUAAGUCGAAUUAGGGUAUAGGCCGCGGUCUAAGUAUACGGUGUGAACGUAGUCACUGUUGUUCACAACAUUUUAUCCACGUUAAGAACUUGUGGUUGUAUUUGAGGUUAAAAUUUGUGAACUUUUUUAUUUAUAUCUUUUAUCUCAUCUUGACAGAUAACCAACAUCCAUCAUGGCUGCAACAAUGCCUAUAAAUCCCAAACCAUUUUUAAAUGGUUUGACUGGUAAACCAGUUAUAGUAAAGUUAAAGUGGGGUCAUGAAUACAAGGGUUAUCUAGUUUCAGUAGAUGGAUAUAUGAAUUUGCAACUUGCAAAUACUGAAGAGCAUAUAGAAGGUACUUGUACUGGAAAUGUUGGUGAAGUACUAAUCAGAUGUAACAAUGUUAUGUACAUAAGAGGAGUGGAAGAAGAAGAUGAAGAAGGCGAAAUGAAAGACUAGAUUUAAUCAAGAUUAUUAAUUUUAUACUAAUAAAUAAUUUAAUUGAAUAAAUAUGAUAUAAUACAUUAAUAAAU